AUGCGAACCACACCGUUCAGUAUUUUUUCAGGCCAAACCAGGGACCGCGGAGACCAUUUUAAAGUGGUGGGGCUAAAAAAUCUGGCCAGUACAAAGAAGCAUUGAGGUCAGUGUUUUGCCAUUUAUCUUGCAUUUGUGCGCCAUCUUAUUUACAACCUCAGCAAAUAUAACAUAAAUGUCGUCACUUGUUAUAGUGUUCAGUAUAGCCAAUAUGUUAAAUAAACCUUCCUAAGAUUGCUACUUUUUGAACUUGUCCGCAAUGCUAAAGUUUCUCUUGAGGUUUUCAUUGCAGGAAACAAACUCCUGUGCGACUUCAGCUAUAGAGACACUGUCUGGUCUCCGCUUGUGACCAUUCCGGCAACACUACUAAGUUGCUAAACCUUUCGUCACGCAUCUUGGAUCGAAGCGACGUCUUCAGACGCCGUGCAGAUGAGAGUGAACGCUCGCCAGCAGCACUGGUAACAGGAUUUACAGCAAGCAGCUUACAGAUAGUUUGGACUUCCUGAAUUAGCCUCUUUUCUGGUUCUGGAAACUAUAACACCGCCAACAGGAUUUCGUUAAAACAUGAUAUCUUCUCCUCCUUUAACAUAACUUCCAAAAUACUUAGUUGCUCAGGUAGCGCCCCUGUAUCAACAUCUUCGCUGUAUGACGCAUCACGAAACUGAACUCUGCCUCGUCGUUACCAAUAUGAGCUUUAACCAAGAGGGUCUCCAUCUGGGCGUAGGAGCUGAAGCUUUCCUGAUUAACGCGGUGAUAUAUAGCCCGACGAUAAGAUGAAUACCCUCAUAAUAGACCCCUCUAAAGUGAUCUUUGGCAGCUUGGGGAUAGCUUGGUGCACCAGCACCAACCUCCAGUCUGACCAAAGUGCGUCGUUUUCUUGGAAGCGUUGGUUCGCUAAGCAGGCCUUCACUCUUGCAGGCAACAUCAGCAUAGAAAUGGUCCAAGCUUUCAUCAGUGCGAAAUUUUGUCAGCGUCUUCUUUGUUAGUCUUGGCAGGCAUUGUCCAAUGACAGCAGCCAUCUUAGUACCCUGAAAAUUCUUAGAUAGAUUAUCGGUGUGGGAAUAAAGGUGCUCUCCAAGAUGAAAAGCAAAGAAAAAAUUAAAUCACUCCUUCCAUUUUGGGCCUUACAUCUUAUUAUCCUUGCAAGCAAAUCAGGUUGUAAUCGUUCGGACAUACAAACACCCAACUCUUCAAUAGGGCAAAGUCCAAUAAUUCCACGGGAAUUUUUUUCCAUGUCAACUGGAGCCCUAGAAAAUAAAUCCCAGCAAUAAAAGUGGUAGGGCUAUAGCCCCACCAACUGAAGAGAAUAUCACUGCCGUGAAAUAAGGGCAUUUGGGUUUGGUUCUUCAUUUACCUUGGGUGCAAGGUUUAAACAUCCUGAAAACAUUUCAGUUUUCCUUCGGUGGAGAGAAAUCACAAGAAGAAGUUCAUCCAGCCACUGGAGUAACAGAUAGAUAUUCCGUUUGUGAUCAUUUUCAUGAAAAAAAUUUGUCAAGUGCGCCGGAUAUACCGCGACGUGUGAUGCUGGUUCCAGAGCUGAAGACUGUCAUCAACACUGAAGUCGAGGAACAGUUACACAACAACAUCAACCGCUCCAACUACACCUUUCAUAUGAUGCUUCCUGGAAAUCAUCUUUUUAUGAUGCGCCACAAAAUCCACCUGAGUAACACUCACAUUGACAAGGUGUAUAGGCGCAAAUUGGAGAAGGCGAUUCGUUCUUACACUGGGAUGGCAAAAGGACUGCAGCAUGACACCAGUGGAAUCCUUUUGCUACAG